UGAAAGCAUGGUGUAUUUUGGCAUUUUUGGGAAUCAUGACAGUGGCCGUGGAGAAGCAAGGGUGUUAUCAGGGGUAUUAUGAGGAUGGAGGGUGAAAGCAGUGACAUGAGUCGUGAAAGGAGUGUAGUGAUGGCAGCAGUUGAGAUACUUGUGAGGACUAUAUGUACCUUAGAGAGGUUGAGAGUGGUGGUUCAGAAGGAGCUAGUGGAGGUAAAGGGGAGAUUUGAGUAAGUUGAGCUGAAGGAGAGUAUUAUGAUAAGACUCAAGAGGUUUGUAGGAGCUGUAAUGGGAGUUGUAAGUAUAUGUGUGGAUAUCAGAAAGAUUGAUUUGAAUGAGGUACUGGAUAUUUGUUUGAUCUGGAGGAAAAUAAAUGAAUUCAUAUUCAUGAAUGUUCAAGCAACAAGUUGAUUCUAGAAAAUCCUAAAUAUAACCUUCCAUCAAUUUGAAGAAGUCCUGAAUAUUAUAUAAACCCUUUCAGCUCCAAAGAAAUAGAGCUUGGGACUUAUGAGUAUCCUUAUAGAUCAUUUAGUGCUCUUUCAACAGAAAUCCUAAAUAUUCAUUCACAUACCAAUUAUACGGUAACCAUCUUCACUACAGACGCUUAUUUCGAAGACGGAGACUUGAUGAUGGUCAACAUGACAAAUGUGGUACUAAAAUCCCACCCAGACAUCCUAAUCCUCUCCUCAAAGCACAAUCUCCACAGUAAGUCCUACCAUCUCAUUCCACCUAAAAAUUCCAAAAAUCCCUUAAAAUACCCUAAUUUCUUCCAGAAACUACGAAGAGUGCUCUACUUAUUCCGAGUGACUCUAAGCAGCAUGGGAUCACUUCGAAGGCCAGAUUUCAUAUUUUGAAAAAUUCAGAGAAGGAUUUAGA